CAAAAAUCAUGUGAUAAAGUGACGCUCCCUGGAAGGCUUUUUUCGCUACGUGACGACAUUUACCAGCAGCAAAUCUCCCGAAUUCACAACAAAAAAUCGUCGUUUACGGUAUGGCUGACGGGGAAAGAUCGCCGUUGCUGUCGGACAAUUGCGAUGUUAUCAACGGGCUGUCAACGGGAGAUGACACCUACAGACCGCAGACCAAAACACAAAGUUUUCCAGCGUUUCCAUCAGUGCCGGCCAUGCCCUCAAUGAUGUUGGGAGAGGCUCCUCCACCGUACUCCCCGCUGGGCUCUCCAGAGAGUGGUAGCGCUAAUGUCAUCAACUGCAGAGUGUGUCAGGCUCCUAUUAGCGUUGAGGGCAAGAUCCACCAGCAUGUGGUCAAAUGUGACGUCUGCAAUGAGGCUACACCCAUAAAGAACGCUCCAGCAGGAAAGAAAUAUGUGCGAUGUCCAUGUAACUGUCUUCUUAUCUGCAAAGUGUCAUCACAGAGGAUUGCCUGUCCCCGUCUGUACUGUAAGCGCGUGAUUAAUUUGCAUCCAGCAAAUCCUGGGGUAGUGAGUCCAAACCCUCAGCCCACUGGUGCCAGAGUUUCAUGUGGCCACUGUGGAAAAACUUUUCUGUGGACAGAGUUUACAGAUCGGACAUUGGCACGCUGUCCACACUGCAAAAAAGUCUCAUCAAUUGGCCAGAGGUACCCUAGAAAGCGGAGUCUGAUAUGUUUCCUCUUGUGUUUGAUCUUCACCACAGCAACAGCAGGACUGAUCGCCGGUACGUGGUGGAAGGCACGCAACUUUAAAGGGAUUUAUGCAUCCUGGGUGUUCCUCCUCGUCCUGGUUCUGAUCACUUUGGUCAGAGCUUUGCAAUGGGCCUGCAUGAAGAUCAGCGAACCACUGCACAACUAUUCGUAAAAGAGAGACUGAAAGGAGGUACUGUAUUAGAUAAAUGUAAGCGCCAAUAGUCCAAGUAAAGGGAUGGACAGAACAAAGCUUUCUACAGAGAGACUUGAGACAGAUGUUUUGUUUACAUGGGUAAAGCUCACAGAACCUUUCAAGAACCUUUCCAAGCCAUAUUCGAUGCCACAAAUGAAAAAAAGGAACCGGGAAAAUAUGAAAUAUUAGUGGUGAAAUGUGACCUGUACAUAUUUUUGUUAGAUUCACCACAUGAGGUUUGUCGCUAUGUCAUGUUUUCUGUGCAUUGCACCAUGCUUGAACUAAACAUCUUCUUUAUCGUUUUAUCCACUUCCAAAACAGGGCGCACAAUUUAGAAAUAUACACAGAAAGAAAUACAAGCAAGCGACUUUUGGAAGCGUAAUGUGAUACUCAUGAUAUAAAAUUUUUUUUUUACUUUACUGUUACUGUAUAAAAUACUGUGGAAGCAUUACAGAGACAUAAAGGUGAAUGCAUUGCUGUCAGGCUACGUGCCUGUGUGACCACGUCCUUGAAUCGUAUACCCAGUAAAGCAGAACUUGCAAAGCUUCAAGUUUUUAAUUUCUCUGUAUUAUGGAGACGUUGUCGCUUUUAGCUUUACCAAACUAGGUUUCUUUUUUCUGGCAAAUUACAUAAGAGCAAGUAUGAACAAAUUAAAGGAAGUAAACAUGCCACGCAAGCAUUUAGAAGGUUUAGAAGAAAAGAGGAUGAUGACAAAAGCAUUAUUUUUACAACUAAUAAAUGUGUAAAUAUAUGGGACUAAAGUGAAAUAUUUUGAAGAAUGUGGCACAUUACUGAAUUGUGCUUUACAUGAAUAAUAGCCAGUAAGGACGUUAAUUAUUCCUUCAAAUAAUUGAAAUAAUUAUAUUCCUGUUACCAACAUUAACCGUAUCUUACUAUGUCUACACUCUCAAAAACAGGGUAUCAACCAAAUUUUGUUAACUAGAAAUAUCUCUUAAUAUCCAUCCAUUUCCAAGAAUUUGAAAACAUUCUGGAGAUUUCUGGAUAAACAGUUUCUAAGGGUUGAUGUCAACGCCUAUGUUUUGUACUGUGGUUGUAUAUCAGCAAUAAAAUGUUGCCUAUCUGCUACUGAGUAUUACACCUGGAGCAUUACCCAGUAGAGUAAAAUAGAUAUUUUAAUAGUGAUAUUUAGUAAAAGUUUUAAAACAAUAAUAAAAUCAAUGUAUCAAUCGAUGUAUAUGUACUGUAUGAUGAUCUUAAUUCGAGCUGGAAAGAGUUGUAUAAACACAUGCACCAUGCAUAUUAUUCAUAAACGCAGAUAGAAUAGAACAUUUACCUACUCUAUAUGACUAGCAGAAGUGAGCAGGAUGUUUCUUUUUGAAUUAGUUUAUGAAUUGUUUACAUGGCCUGGCACUAUAUUUAUACUGUGCAUUUAUUUGUUUAAUUUACACUCUACGUUUUGUUAAAAAUGUUACAUUGUUGCACUACAGUUGAGCUAUAUCGCUGAUAGAUUCCACCCAUGUCGUGAUUUUGUUGUUGAUUGUUUUUGUACAUUCCUUUGUGACUAAAAUGUUUGAACUAUU